CAGCAGCAACAGAAGAACCUGAAGUGAUUCCAGAUCCGGCUAAACAAACAGAUCGAGUGGUGAAAAUAGCAGGAAUAAGUGCUGGAAUUCUGGUAUUCAUCCUGCUUCUCCUUGUUGUCGUAUUGAUCGUCAAAAAAAGCAAACUUGCGAAGAAGCGCAAGGAUGCCAUGGGGACCACCCGCCAGGAGAUGACACACAUGGUGAAUGCGAUGGAUAGGAGUUACGCUGACCAAAGCACCCUGCAUGCAGAGGAUCCCCUUUCAAUCACAUUUAUGGACUCUCAUAACUUCAGCCCCAGAUUGCCCAAUGAUCCACUUGUGCCGACAGCUGUGUUAGUGCCUAUUACUGAUGAAAAUCACAGUGCGACAGCAGAGUCCAGCCGGCUCCUGGAUGUCCCUCGUUACCUCUGCGAAGGCACAGAAUCCCCGUACCAGACUGGGCAGCUGCACCCUGCCAUCAGGGUGGCUGAUCUGCUGCAGCACAUUAACCUAAUGAAGACCUCUGACAGCUAUGGAUUUAAAGAGGAAUAUGAGAGUUUCUUUGAGGGGCAGUCAGCUUCUUGGGAUGUCGCUAAGAAGGAUCAAAACAGAACAAAGAACCGCUAUGGAAACAUUAUAGCAUAUGACCACUCCAGGGUGAUUUUGCAACCUGUUGAAGAUGAUCCAUCUUCAGAUUACAUUAAUGCCAACUACAUAGAUAUUUGGCUGUACAGGGAUGGAUAUCAGAGGCCAAGUCACUACAUUGCAACCCAAGGUCCAGUUCAUGAGACUGUGUAUGACUUUUGGAGAAUGAUAUGGCAGGAGCAAUCAGCUUGCGUUGUGAUGGUCACAAAUUUAGUGGAAGUUGGCAGAGUGAAGUGCUACAAGUACUGGCCUGACGACACAGAAGUUUAUGGUGACUUCAAAGUGACCUGUGUAGAGAUGGAGCCCCUUGCGGAGUACGUUGUCAGGACUUUCACUCUGGGAAGGAGGGGCUACAAUGAAAUCCGUGAAGUCAAACAGUUUCAUUUCACCGGCUGGCCAGAUCAUGGAGUUCCUUACAAUGCCACAGGCUUGCUUUCCUUUAUACGGAGAGUCAAAUUAUCUAACCCUCCUAGUGCAGGGCCUAUUGUUGUCCAUUGCAGUGCUGGUGCUGGACGAACAGGUUGUUAUAUUGUGAUCGAUAUCAUGUUAGAUAUGGCAGAAAGAGAAGGUGUUGUGGAUAUCUACAACUGUGUCAAAGCCUUACGGUCCCGUCGCAUCAACAUGGUACAGACAGAGGAGCAGUACAUCUUUAUUCAUGAUGCCAUUCUAGAAGCUUGCCUGUGUGGAGAAACUGCCAUUCCUGUCUGCGAAUUCAAAGCUGCUUAUUUUGAUAUGAUUAGAAUAGACUCUCAGACAAACUCUUCGCAUCUCAAAGAUGAGUUUCAGACCCUGAAUUCUGUGACCCCUCGUCUGCAAGCGGAGGACUGCAGCAUAGCCUGCUUGCCAAGGAACCAUGACAAGAACCGCUUCAUGGAUAUGCUGCCACCUGACAGAUGUCUGCCUUUCUUAAUUACUAUUGAUGGAGAGAGCAGCAACUACAUCAAUGCUGCUCUUAUGGACAGCUACAGGCAGCCAGCAGCUUUUAUUGUCACACAACAUCCUUUACCAAACACUGUGAAAGAUUUCUGGAGAUUAGUGUAUGACUACGGCUGUACUUCUCUUGUGAUGUUAAAUGAAGUCGACUUAGCACAGGGCUGCCCACAAUACUGGCCUGAGGAAGGGAUACUGCGGUACGGUCCCAUCCAAGUGGAAUGCAUGUCGUGUUCAAUGGAUUGCGAUGUCAUAAACCGAAUUUUCAGGAUAUGCAAUCUAACAAGACCACAAGAAGGCUAUCUGAUGGUGCAGCAAUUCCAGUAUUUGGGAUGGGCUUCUCACAGAGAUGUACCAGCUUCCAAGAGAUCCUUCUUGAAGUUAAUUCUCCAGGUUGAAAAAUGGCAAGAGGAGUGUGAAGAAGGGGAGGGCCGGACCAUCAUCCAUUGCCUAAACGGCGGUGGCCGGAGCGGGAUGUUCUGUGCCAUCGGCAUUGUGGUUGAGAUGGUAAAAAGGCAGAACGUGGUGGAUGUUUUCCACGCUGUGAAGACUUUGCGCAACAGUAAGCCCAACAUGGUAGAAACUCCGGAGCAAUAUCGCUUCUGCUACGAUGUUGCGCUGGAGUACUUGGAAUCCUCUUAGUCAGAACGGAUGUGACAAGGUUCACCAAAUAACAUGAAUCUCAAUAAGCUGUUUUGACAACAGUUCUUGAUCCUGUGAAGAAAGAUUUUAGGGGAAGAGGGGGGUGGGAGGGAUUUUAAAUUUUAAAUGCAAAGUAUUUUUCUUAUGAAGUUGUGUAUCUUAAUAAAAGAACUCAAUCUGUUUCUAUGCUUGUAUACAGUAUCAACAUUUAGUGCCACAUAAAUACUAUUUAAUGAAAACCAGAGUCAGAAGAGAUUUGCGCAGAUUAGGACUUUUCAGUGUUUGUAUAUGCAGCCGUCUCUCAAUUACAGUAGAGCGACCAUCUGUUGCAUGUAUCAAUAUUUCCUAUAUGGUAUUAAUUUUUCUUUUUUUUUCUUUUGAUACAUUGUUAAAGUACAAUAACAGUGCAGAUUGAUAGUAAGGUUCAUUCUUUAUAAGUUUC